UGAGUUUCCAUAUUUUUACACAUGACGAAAAUGCAUUAAGUCCACAGCAGGCAGCGGUCGACUCAGCACACAGGUGGAGAAUGGGAUUGGGUCACGACCAGGAGGAGUUUGUUCUGAGUGGACUUGUACGACCUGCAUUGUUGUAGAAUCCUUCGCGCUGGAUUAUGCUCCUCAUCCCGAUCCGUGGCUGUCCCCGCUUGCACUGAGUUUGCAGAUUCAGUAUCACUUGAAGUUUCCUCUCAUUCAUUGCAUUCUUCCCUGGGUGCAAGCAUCGUCAUGUUUAUCAGAACAACUUUUCUCCUCUGCCUUGUGGUCUCACUCUCAAAACUCGUCCGUUGCAUGGAAAGUGAACGUUGCUUCCCAGUUAGAUUGGAUAACCAUGACAGGAGGGAUUCUGACAACGACGUCCGUGUCCUUAAAGGAAAAUGUCUACUCAAAAUACGAGCUUUCCAGCAGGAACUAGUGAUCGAUUUACAGCAAGACUCGAAUUUCAUUGCUCCUUCCAUUUCUAACCAAGACGCAUUCUGGCUCUCCGGCUACGAUGUCACCACUGACCUGAGCCGGUGUUUUUACUCUGGAUAUGUGAAUGCUGACCGCUAUUCGUACGCUGCGCUGAGCCUCUGCAAGGGUUUACACGGUGCAUUCGGCUUCCAGGGAUGGGAAUAUUUCAUCAGCCCGGUGCAAAAUGAAACCAGAAGCAUAGAAGGCGCUCACACCAUUCGGCGCAGAACCAGCAACAACCUGAAGCUCAACUCGACCUCUAGGUGCGCAGUGAACAGCGACAUAAGUCUCCAGGUUGCGCAAUCGCUGGAGAAGUACAAGCGACUGAAAGAUUACAGCAAUGUGACCGAGACGAUGCUGAGGAGGAUGGGGAGAGCCAAGAGGUUCGCGUCGGUCCCCCGGUACGUGGAGACGCUCGUGGUGGCGGACGAGUCCAUGGCGCAGUUCCACGGCGAUGACCUCAAACACUACAUCUUGACACUGAUGUCGGUGGCCGCGAGGCUCUACAGACACCCGAGCAUCCUCAACUCCAUCAGCAUCGCGGUGGUGAAGAUUGUGAUUAUAUCCGAAGAGGACAAGGGGCCCAAGGUGUCCGGGAACGCGGCCAUGACGCUGCGAAACUUUUGCACUUGGCAAAAAAAGUUGAACAAAAACAGCGACAAGCAUCCAGACUACUGGGACACGGCGAUACUGUUCACCAGACAGGACCUGUGUGGAGCUUCCACCUGUGACACUCUUGGCAUGGCGGAUGUGGGCACCAUGUGCGACCCCAAGAGGAGCUGCUCUGUGAUCGAAGACGACGGCCUGCCUUCGGCCUUCACCACUGCCCAUGAGCUCGGACACGUGUUCAACAUGCCACACGACAACGUGAAGGCCUGUGAGGACGUGUUUGGGAAACUGCAGGAAAACCACAUGAUGUCUCCAACGCUUAUUCAGAUCAACCGCACCAGCCCCUGGUCCCCCUGCAGUGCUGCCAUCAUCACUGAAUUUCUGGACAGCGGGCACGGGGAAUGUUUGCUUGACCAGCCUCAGAAACCGCUUUCCCUCCCUGACACGCUGCCGGGAGGAUCAUACAUCCUGGACCGGCAGUGUGAGCUUGCGUUUGGAGAGGGCUCCAAGCCCUGUCCCUUCAUGCAACCACCAUGUGGCCGUCUGUGGUGCACAGGGAAAUCUAAUGGCCAUUUGGUGUGCAUGACUCGACACUUCCCUUGGGCAGAUGGCACCCAAUGCGGGGAUGGACAAGUGUGCGACCGAGGUGUCUGCACUGAAAAACGGAUACAAAAUGUGAAGGUGGAUGGCCGCUGGGGUAAGUGGGGCACAUUUGGUUCCUGCUCGCGCACAUGUGGAGGCGGCGUCCAACUGUCUAAAAGGGAGUGCAACAACCCAGUUCCGUCAAAUGGGGGUAAAUACUGCCAAGGGGUUCGGGUCAAAUACCGCUCCUGCAACCUGAACCGCUGCCCUGACACAGGUAAGACCUAUCGCGAAGAGCAGUGUGAGAACAGUGGACGGAAUUUCAACAGUAACCGCAUUGCUCCAUCUGUGGUGUGGGUACCAAAGUACUCAGGAGUGUCCUCUGAUGACAGGUGUAAACUCAUCUGCAGGGCUAAUGGCACCGGUUACUUCUACGUUCUGUCACCCAAGGUUGUUGAUGGGACUCCAUGCUCCCCAGACUCCACAGGAGUGUGUGUCCAAGGAAAGUGCAUCAAGGCUGGCUGUGAUGGAAAAAUUGGUUCCACCAAGAAGUUUGAUAAGUGUGGAAUCUGCGGAGGUGAUAACAAGGCCUGCAAGAAGGUGUCGGGACUCUUCACAAAGCCUGCGCACGGCUACAACUUUGUGGUCAUGUUGCCAGUGGGUGCCGCCAACAUAGACAUCCGUCAGCGAGGCUACAAGGGAAUGAUGAGUGAUGACAACUAUUUAGCAGUGAAGAACAGCGAGGGCAGUUACCUUCUCAAUGGGAACUACGUUGUAUCUGCUGGGGAGAGAGACAUAAUGGUAAAGAGCAGCCUGCUGCGCUACAGCGGCACAGCUGGCCUCUCGGAGACCCUGCAUGCUGUUAAGCCCUUGGGUGAAGUCCUGACUGUUGAGGUGCUGUGUGCUGGCCAGAUGACGCCUCCUCGAAUACGCUACUCCUUCUACCUCGCACGUCAGACCAAAGAAGACAAGACUCCGAAGAAGGAGGGGCGUAUAAACUCCCAUAACAGUGUCCUGGCUGAGGAUAGUGUCAAGAAGGGAGGAGACACUCUGAAGGACUCUUACAGCAAAGAAGAUCCAACUCUUGGGAAAUGGAUAUCGACAGGCUGGGAUGAGUGCUCAGUGACCUGUGGCAGUGGUAUCCAGAGGAGGAUGGUGCAGUGCCUGAGACCGGAUGGGAAGCCGGGAUUGGACUGUGAUUCUUCACAAAGACCCCUUGCCACCAGGGUUUGUGGAGACCCAUGUCCUGAGUGGCAUAUUGGACAGUGGUCACCUUGCUCCAGAACCUGUGGGAAGGGCUUCAAGAGACGACCAUUAAACUGCAAAACCCAACCUGGGCAUCUGCUCCCAAGGGACCACUGCUCUGGCUUACGCAAACCACAGGAGCUGGACUUCUGUAAUCUAAUGCCUUGCUAGUGACUAAAAAUGUUGAACUCAAAAUGUUGUUAUGAAAUGAAUCCACCUGCAAGUAUUAUAAACACCAUGUCUGUCAGGUGCAGAUUGUUCCACCUGCCGCAUGGGACUGUUGGAGGAUGAUUGAAACUUGCUUGGAAGGAUAAUGAGAAUAUUGGAAGGAGAGUGAAAGCUGCAGGAUGAAUGCUGGAAGAUAUUUUUCCCUGCCAUCACUCUGACUUCAAAAGCCAUUAUCCAGGUCUGAAUCUGAUGGCAAAAUAACAUAAUACAAGGUCAAACACGAUUUAGUCGAAUCCCUUGUGCGGUCCACAGAUGCAGACUGCCCAUUUGCAAAUUAUCAGUUUGGUUUAGGGAGUGGGUCAGAAUCCCACUCUAUGUCAUAAGUUAUUUUCUGUGACGGUUUCAAAGUUUUAGUUGGAUCGUGCAAAAAAUCUGUGAGGCCUGCUGGAAAAAAAAAUCCCUCCAUUAAUUUUUCAAAAAGAAAAUAUACCAGGACUGACAUAGCUUUGUACCAACUGGAAACAAUGUGUGCUGCAAAACAUUUUACACUGAGGAGGACAUUUUGUGCCUCACUGGUCAUCUUUCACAGUUUUUUUUAAUUGAAUAAUCUUUUUAAACAGAUGUAUGCUAGUUUCAAUUGUUGCCGCAUCAUUUAUUCAGUCUAAAUCUGUUGGAUAACAGUUGUAACAGCUGUAGCAAUUCAAGUUGAUGGAAGAAAUAAUAUUUUUCUACAUUAACAACCACUGUAUCAUUGUUUAACCUGCAGGAAGGAAUCUCCUGCCUUCCAGGACACAGAUUUUCUGCAGCUUUCACUCGGCACAGUCAUGGAAACUGUUUAAACUCGACUGAGUUCACGCUGGUGGUUUUCAAGACAGAUCAAACUAAACAAUGGAAGGCAGGAUGGUUUGCUAUCCUGUCAGCUGUGACUGCUAGCUCAGUGAUUUCAGGCAACAACAAAAAAAUUGCACAGCUCAUUUGAGAUAUGGGCAUAUCCUGAUAUCUCACACACAAACACACUGAGUUUUUUGUUUGUGCACACAUACCCACAAGUAUGGUGUUCAGUUCUCACCUUCUGUGUUCAAAAUGUUGAUUGCUUCCUUCAUCAGACCACAACAAUUGUCUCCUCAGUCCAUAGUGUUCAGCCAGUUGUGAAGCCUGUUAAGUCAUGCCUGUCUGGCACAGUUAUCACAGAUAAUUUAUUAUCAGUGAGACGAUACAGCUGAGACGGGGAGAAAAACUGGCAGGCCCUCUUUUAUACUGUGCAGAAUGUGUUUUAGUGGAUCUCCUUGUUCAUGGCCCCACAGCCUGAGCCAAGAUGUUCUCUCAACACACUCGAUGGAAUCCUGUAACCUAUUAUAUUCUUGUUUCUGAAGGGGUCACAUUGUCCAGUCCCACAUCCAGCUACAGGACAGAUCCUGUGUUAGCUGGGUUACUUUUUUUCAGCUUUUGCACUUUGUACAGCAAAAGAAAACCAAUGACCUACAUAGGCUGUACUGUAUACUAUGUAUACAUUUAUUCAGCUCUGUGCAAAAAAUUAUGUAAAUACUUUUUUAAUCUUUUUUUUUAUACAGGCAUUUGUAAUUGUCUUGGACUUCAGAAUAUUUAUUCCAAAAAUAAAGCCAUUAGUGAAUAGUUA